GGCCCCGCCGCUGUCAGUCAACCCGCUUCCGGCUUCACGGUUUGUUAUUGAAGCGGAGCUCGUUAAAAUGUUGACGGCCGAAGUUAAUGAAGUUGAAAAAUGAAGUCUUAAAUUCAGCUGUAACGAAGCUACGCGUAAAGUUUCGUUUAAGAUGUCAGGAUCGUAUGAGCAGAACAGGAAGCGGCGCCCCCCCAAAACCUUCUUGAUCUCGACCGACCUGAAGCUCCAGGACCAGCUGGACGGAACCAUUCGGCUGCAGCGGGGGUUUAUGUGCCAGGAGCAAGAUUUGGCCAAGACCAGAGGGGACUACCCCUGGGUCAAGGUGUUAGACAAUGGCCUCAUGGUGAGAAUAGAGAGGAAGCUCCUGCUUGAAGUCCCAACGGAGCUCAGUGGUCUGCUGGAGCCGGUGGCGGAUCCAGACGCUCGUCUCAAACUUCUGAACAAUCCUGUGAAGCUGCAGCACCUUGCUUCUUUGCCCGUCGAUACCCCGCUGUGGGUCCAAAUGGGGCAGCCGGACGAGCUGGCGGAGGCAGAACUCAAGUACAUCGGGCCGCUGACCAGAGGGAGCAGCGCUGUGUAUUUUGGAGUCCAGCUCAAGGGUUCAUCAGUGGGUAAAGGAGUGAGCAACGGUUCCUAUAAAGGCCACCGACUCUUCACCUGCCCUGAAGCCUGCGCCCUCUUCCUCCCGAUCAGCCACGUCCGGCUCCGCCACUGGUCCCGCAGCGGCAACUCGGACGCACACGAGCGAGGUCGAGACCGGGACCACCACCGCGGCGCCAACGGUCCCCCCAGCAACGGACACCACAGCAACAACGAGCGUCCGAAUCAUCAUCAUCAUCAGCAACAGCAGCAGCACGGUCGGCACAUCAGCUUCCAGCAGCAUCGACCCGGCAGCCCUCCUCACGGCCUCGGCAUCCUCCCGCGCACUGCAGAGUCGGCACCCGUCGCGGCUCACGGCCACGUCCGAGGCCCGGCGUCACCGCCGCCCUUCCACGCCGGCCAGCGGGUGUGUUUCCCCAUGGAGGACACCGUCUACUCCGGGGAGGUGCUCUUCUGUGGCCCCCUGCCUGGCCGGUCCUCCUCGGGAAUGUACGUCGGAGUCCUUCUGGACGCUCCUGUGGGUAACUGGGAUGGUUAUUACAAAGGAGAGAAGCUCUGCCACGUACCUUCUCUCACAUUUGGACUCCUGCUGCCGGUGAACAAGGUUUCCUCAGAACCAAAAUCCCACCGUCACAACCUUCCUCACCAACUUCCCAAGUCCAUCCUGAAGCCGGCGAUGCCCCCAGUCACUAAGUCAACCCCGAUAUCACCACCUGCCUCUGCUCCCAAAGUCGCCCUGAUGCCUCCACCUAAGCAAGUCCUGAAGCCUCCUCCUUUACCUCCACCCAAACCCCCCCAGAAGCCCCUGCUGCCUCCCCCUCUGCCACCUCCCAAACCCCAAAGCCCGACAUCGCCCACCACUGACGACCCGCCACAGCACACGAACGGCAUCCACAGCCCUCCGUCACCGCUGAAGGGUCCUGAAGACGGUGAAGCUGCAGGGGAGGAUGGAGAGGCGGGGCUGGGAGGCGACCUAGAGGUGGGGUCGAUGGUUGAAGUCAACGACCCGCCACUGUUCGGGGUCAUCCGCUGGAUUGGACGGAUCAGUGGCGUCUUAGAGCCAGUGGCAGGACUAGAGCUGGACCAGGAGCUGUCUGCUGGAACAGAUGGCAGCUACCUCGGGGAACGCCACUUCCGCUGCCCGGCCAACAAGGGACUGUUCGUCAAACUUCGCAACUGUAGGCGGGACUCCAGGUUCCCAGCUCCUGAGACGCCUGUCAAUCAAGUGGAGCGAUGCAACUCUAUAGCCUUUGCAGAGUGGGGCAGUGAGCGGGUGGAGGAACACACUCCUCCAAUGGACGGCGACGAGGCCAGAGAGCUCUACCAGGGCUGGAAGAGAGGCAUCCAGGGUCACCUCAACUCCUGCUACCUGGACGCCACGCUGUUCAGUCUGUUCUCCUGCUGCAGUUCAGCAGACUGGGUGCUAUUUUGGCCUUCAGACCCUGAAACCGACCAAAACGCUGCUCAAGCUCAGGACCUGCUGCGCUGUGAGAUCGUAAACCCACUGCGAAGGUUUGGUUAUGUGUGUGCCAGUAAGACCAUGGCUCUGAGGCGACUGCUGGAAGCUGCAAACAGUGACACUGGCUUCACCAACCAGGAGAAAGAUCCCGAGGAGUUCCUCAACAAGCUUUUCCAGCUCCUCCGAGUCGAGCCGCUCCUCAAGAUCAGGUCAACGACUCAGCAGCCUCAGGAGUGUCACCUCUACCAGCUCUUCCCACCUACCCUCCCCCCGUCUCCCUCCUCACCCUCACCCCUCUCCCCAGUCCACUCCCCUAUCCCCCUCUCCUCGCCGUCGUCCAGUCGGAUGAGGGUCGCCAGCGUCCAGGCCCUGCUGGAGUCCUCGUUCCUCCACGCCGGCCUCAAGUUUGUAGAGGCUCCAUCCUGCCUCUUACUGCUCAUGCCAAGGUUUGGAAAGGAUUUCAAAAUGUUUGAUGCCAUCUUACCCUCCCUCAGCCUGGACAUCACAGACCUGCUGGACGAUACUCUGAGACAGUGCAGUAUCUGUCAGGCUGUCGCUGAGUUCGAGUGUCUGCAGUGUUACGAAGAUCCAGACAUCACCCCUGGACGUCUAAAACAGUACUGCCACACCUGCAACACACAGGUCCACAGUCACAGGAAGAGGGCGUCCCACAGCCCGGUGAACAUCGGUGUCCCAGGAGGUCCGUGGUCGGGUCCUCUGCACUGCACCCGGCAGAGGAUGUCUCUGUUUGCUGUGACCUGCAUAGAAACCAGCCAUUAUGUGAGCUUCAUCAAGCACGGACCCCUCCCCACAGACUGGCUGUUUUUUGACAGUAUGGCAGACAGAGAAGGUGGGGAGAAUGGCUUCAACGUUCCCCGGGUUAAAGCUUGUCCGGAGGUGGGCCGCUACCUCAGCCUGUCGGAGGAGGAGCUCAGCAGGGUCGACUCGGCCUCCUUGAGAGAAUCCGUCCGCCGCCUGCUCUGCGACUCCUACAUGUGUCUGUACCACAGUCCUGAGCUCAGCCUCUACAAGUGAUCCUUCAAACUGGAAACCAGUGAGGACGUCCCAGGGGUGGAUGACGAAGCUGUCUCAAUAACACCUAAAUCCCCAGUCAGAGAUGUCACAGCGGUGGUUCUUUUCCAGCAGACUCGGGGCUAAUCAUGAGCUACGAGGAAGAUGAAAACAUUCCUACAAAUACUGUUCAUGAUCCAAGUUAGUAUAUUUAUUUUACCGCUCAGUGACUCUUAGAUCUAACAUGACAGCUACAGUUUAUUUAAACACAUCUGUCAAGACGUACAUUUAGGUCUGGCGCUAUCCCAUAAUGAAGGAUAUGUUGGAGUUAGAUACGGUGUUUGACAUUAAAAAUCUGUAGCAGUUAGAGGCUCUUAAACAGACUCAUCCCGGCAGCUUUCAUCUCAUUACAAAGUUUCUUGAUGUUUUCUUGUGAACAGAAGCACCUUUUCCGUACGUAACAAUGCCUUUUGUGGCUAAAUGUAGCAUUUAGCAAUAUUGUGAGCCUCCUUAUCACUGUGACCAACAUCUGUUUAUCACUUGUUUCCAGCUUAAUGUAAAAUACUCUUAAAGCCGGUUAACACGAUUAUUCAGCUUCCUGCUCCUGUUCACACUUGGUUUGUGAUUCUCAGACCUACGCAUCCACCAGUACAGCAGCUGUUGCACUUUUUCCACAAAGCAGGACAAGAUGAAAAGUCUUUAUCUGGACGUUCCAUAUUUCGAUCACAACCUGAGAAUGAGCUGCUGUCGCUUCAGAUGUAAAACAAACAUGACAAUCAGCUGAAUUACCAGAGCAGCAAUAUUUACACACCUUAAAUGUGCCUUAUGAACAAAUACCCCUCAGUUUACUGUGCCUUGAUAACGCUCUCACACUGUACAGCUCAGUUUGCACUGCUGGAUGUAGCCGUCAGUACGUCUGUAUAUAAUAGAUCGCAUUAAACUGACAGUAAAGACUGCACACAGAUGUUUGAACUUUACCAGCUGACAGGUUGUUUAAUGUAACAACCAACAAGGAAAAUGUCCCAGAUAAUAAAUGCUUUCAUACUA